AUGCAUCCACUUCUAAAGAAAUCAUUACUGCGUUUUGGAUUCCUCCACGCGUACGCCAUUCUAAUUGCUUGGAUUUUCACCAUGAUUGAAAAAAGAGAUGAACCUGCUUUCAAAAGAAUGGAGGAGUCGCUGAGUAAACUCAAGAAUGAUAUGAAUAAGAAAUAUAAUAUAACCGACGACGACUUUAAUAGUUUUGUAAAUCGUGCAGCUGCGGCUGUGAUUGAGGGUGAUGAACUGGACUGGACUUUGCUUAACAGCCUCACAUUCGCCUUGACCACUUUCACCACAAUAGGUAAGAGAAAAGGGUCACUUCAUGCCGUGUACAAUGUUAAUUAACGCUUGUCUAUUUGGGCAAUGAGUAUAUCCACUUCUUUUUUAUUGUAAGUUCUAACCGUUAAGGGGACCUUAUCUGUUUGUAUUUUCGUUUGUUUUUGUUUUUGUUUUGCUUUGUUUUUGGUUUUCGCCCCUGAGUUUUUUGGGAUUUCCUUCUAACCUCUGUAAAAAUCUUAAAUGUAAAGUAAUGUGGAGUGGAGCAAAAAUUAUUCAUUCUUUUUAUUUCAGGAUAUGGUAUCAUAACACCUAAAACAGAGCUUGGCAAAGGUAUCACAAUUCCUGUGUGCCUCCUUGGUAUUCUCAUCACCAUGUUGGCCUUUAAAACUUCAGGAGAGCUUUUUGCUUCUUCUAUUCGCCAUCUCGUCAUAAAGAUAGAAAAUAAUCUGCUUAAAAGGGAAGAGGUAAUGAAUCUAAAGAUAAAAAAACUCGUGGCAUCAUGCACCCUUAUGUUUGCUUUGUAUAUCUUUACAAGUUUCACAGGCGCUUUCAUGGAAAAGUGGAAUUACGUGGAGAGCUUCUAUGCGUGGUUUGCCACUUUCACCACAAUUGGAUUCGGCGACUACGUCCAUUGUGAAGCGCUUCUAAGGGGCAUGGGACGAGGGAUAGACAAUACAGUUCAUCUUGUGAUAUACAUCUGCGUACUGUACCUUCCAACCAUGAUUGGCCUGAGUUGUAUGUCAUGUAUUUUGGGUUGCAUUGUGGAUUCCAUGGAUCAGAUUCGCCACUUUCGUGAUGGCUGUAUAGAUAGCUGCGUACACUUACACUCAAGCAUAAGACACAAGCUCUGCUGCAAGAAGGAAAAUCAGGUUGAGUGCCAAAAUCAAGUAAUUUCUGCCUGGAAUUAG